AUGAGGUCCAUCUCUGAAAUCAAAAACUACAUGUUAUGGUUCCUCCUCCUAUGGAUCUUCUCAGCUUUCCUUAUUCGAUUCAUCUUCAACAAACCAAGAAAAUCAAGCGCCAUCCUACACCUUCCUCCAAGCCCACCAUCCCUCCCAAUCAUUGGCCAUCUCCACCAUCUCAGGCCAUUAUUGUUACAUAAAUCCUUCCACAACCUCUUCUGUGAAUACGGUCCACUACUCUAUCUCCGCUUUGGCUCCUAUCCCUGCCUUCUCGUUUCGUCGCCCUCAGUGGCUGAAGAAAUCUUCAAGAACCAGGAUGCUAACUUUGCAUCUCGGCCGAUAUCUCCUUUGGAUGAUUGCUUAAUCUUUGGAAACACUGGCUUCGUCACCGCUCCCUAUGGAGACUACUGGAGGUUCAUGAAGAAACUCAGUGUCACUGAAUUGCUUGGAACACAACAGAUUGAAAGAUCUCGCACUGUUCGGCACCAAGAAACUGCCAGGUUUUUGAGUAAGAUGAUUCAAAGUGCUAGGAAAACUGAGGUUGUUGAUGUGGGCGCCGAGCUCAUGAAGCUUACAAAUAAUAUUAUUUGCAGGGUGGUGGCGAGUACGAGCUGUUCGGAUGAAGAUGAUGAGGCAAAGAGGAUUAGAGAGCUUUUAAAGAUGUCUUGUGAGUUGGCCGGAAAGAUGAGUUUUGCUAAUUCAUUGGGACCAUUUAAGAAACUUGGAUUUUGGUUAUAUGCAAAAAAAUCAAAGGACGUGACUGCAAGGUAUGAUCAGUUAAUGGAGAAGCUAUUGAGGAAGCAUGAAGACAAAGCAAAGAACAAUGGAAGUGAUGAUAAUAAGGAUUUUAUGGAUAUUCUUUUAAAGGUUUGCCAUGAUGACACUGCAGAGUUGAGGAUUACCAGAGAACAAAUGAAAUCCUUCAUUGCGGAUCUCUUUUUCUCGGGAACUAGUACCACAGCAGAAACCAUGCAAUGGGCAAUGGCAGAGCUGAUCAAUAAUCCUAGUGUUUACAAGAUUGCCAGAGAUGAAAUAGAGUCAGUUGUUGGAAGAAACAGACUAGUUAAAGAGACAGAUAUCCGAAGCCUUCAUUAUGUGCAAGCCAUUACCAAGGAAACACUAAGAUUAUAUCCCAAUGCGCCCUUUGCACCUAGAGUGUGCAUUAAAGACUGUAAAAUCAAUGGCUUUGAUAUACCUCAAAACACUCCAGUGGCUGUUAAUCUCUAUUCCAUCAUGAGAGAUCCAACAAUAUGGGAAAAACCAAAUGAGUUCUGCCCUGAGAGAUUCCUAGACCUAGCUACCUCUAAAAUUGAAACUAAGGGACAAAAUUUUGAUUUUAUUCCAUUCGGAGGUGGAAGAAGAGGGUGCCCUGGUAAGAAUUUGGCCUAUAUAUUAAUGAAUACUGCAAUUGCGUCUGUGAUUCAGUGUUUGGAUUUGAAAGUAAUUGGUGAAGAUGGAGAUUCUGCUAAAGUUAAUAUGCAAGAAGCAAUAGGCAUGUCUCUAGCCAUGGCUUCUCCACUUCAAUGCCUUCCUCUCGUUCAUUUUGAUCCAUUUUGUUAAGUGUA